AUGAAGGCAUUAUGCCCUCACUCAACACCAUUGCCUGAAAAUGAGCAUCCUUUCCCAAAGGAAGACUUGACAGUGGAGGGUAAAUGGGUAUAUGAAGAUAAUAAUGCUGCUACUCAUUUGAUCAGGAAUGCCAUAGGAGGAGAUGAUAGAGAGCUGAGAAGACAAUUUUUGAGUCUUAGAUCUCCUGGUGUAAGAAGUGCAAGGGAUGAUACACCGCAAUGGUGA